AUGUCUACCUACAAGAGACCCCAGUCCGAACCCAUUGCCAUUGUUGGCACGGGGUGUCGGUUCGCUGGCGACGUCACUUCACCAUCAAAGCUCUGGGAUCUCCUCACCAACCCCAGAGAUCUUACACAAGAGGUCCCGAAGAAUCGGUUUAACGCCCAGGGCUUUUACCACCCCGACGGCGAAUACCAUGGAGCAACCAAUGCUACCCAGGGCUACUUCCUUGAGCAAGACCACCGCGUGUGGGAUGCCGGGUUCUUCAACAUCACCCCCAAAGAGGCUGAGGCCAUCGAUCCUCAACAACGAAUCAUCCUCGAAGUUGUCUACGAGGCUUUGGAGUCAGCUGGCUACAACCUCGAAAAGUACGCCGGCCGCAAGGUUGCCGUCUUUGCCGGUCUCAUGACUGCAGACUACGACUCAUUAUGCCAACGUGACGACAUCACCUCGAACCAAUAUUUUGCUACGGGCAACUCGAGAGCCAUCAUCUCCAACAGAAUAUCCUACUUUUUUAACUUCCGUGGCCCAUCCAUGACCAUCGAUACGGCAUGCUCGUCGAGUUUGGUAGCGCUGCACCAAGCCGUGCUGAGUCUCCGAUCCGGCGAAUGCGAGAUGGCCUGUGUGGCCGGCGCCAACCUGAUGAUCACCCCUGAACAGUUCAUCAGCGAGGCCAGUCUACAUAUGCUCAGCCCCACAGGCAAGUCGAGGAUGUGGGACGUCAGUGCUGAUGGAUACGCCCGUGGCGAGGGUUUCGCGGCGCUCUUCGUCAAGCCUCUCUCCCAGGCACUGAAGGAUGGAGACUCCAUCAUCAGCAUCAUCCGGGAGACGGGCGUCAACUCUGAUGGACGCACGCAGGGUAUCACCAUGCCUAGUCCCAUUGCACAGGCGGAAUUAAUCAAGGAUACCUACCGCAGGUCCGGCCUGGACUCCCAAUGCCCAACGGAUCGAUGCCAAUACUUCGAGGCGCACGGAACCGGAACCCAGGCGGGAGACCCCAGGGAGGCCCAGGCGAUCGCGACGGCCUUUUUCGGUAGUGAAGCAUCAACCACUGCCGAGAGCGACGACCAAAAACUUGUCGUAGGAUCCAUCAAAACUGUCAUUGGCCAUACAGAAGGUGCCGCUGGCCUGGCUGGCCUGCUGAAGGUGGUCCACUCCAUGAUCAACAACUCGAUCCCGCCCAAUCUGCACCUCGAGGCGCUCAACCCUAGCGUGCGGCCGUUCUACGGACACCUCCGUAUCCCCGUCGAUAUCGUUCCUUGGCCUCAGGCACCGGCUGGCCAACCCCUUCGCGGCAGUGUCAACUCGUUCGGGUUUGGUGGCACCAACUCACAUGCCAUUAUUGAGCGGUACGAACCGAGCAUCCACGAUGAAGUCGCGAAGCACUUCGCCCCAGGCUUGGCACCGUCCAUGGUUUCGACUGCUUCGGCGUACAAUGCCGAGGCACCCAGUGUUGGACUCCCCUUGGUGCUCUCUGCCAAGUCGCAGAAGUCUCUCAUCGCGGUGGUUCAGUCCCUCCGUAAUUUCAUGGUGUCUACUGACACGUCGGCCGAUGAAGUCGCCUGGAACUAUUACGCGCAUCGUUCAGCCCUGACAUAUCGCACUGCCGUCAGCGCCGACUCCCGAGAGGGCAUCAUCGCCGGCCUGGAGAACCUCCUCGCCAAGGCUGGGUCAUCGUCGAAUCCAGAGCUUGGUGUCCGCGCCAAGCUGGACGGCGGCGAGGUCAAGAUUCUCGGCAUCUUCACCGGCCAGGGAGCCCAGUGGUCCGGAAUGGGCCGAAAGCUCUUCCACUCCAACAGUGUCUACCGCAACUCCAUUGAGAACCUUGAGAAGGUUCUCAAGAAGUGCCCCCAUCCUCCCAAGUGGUCGCUCGUUGAUGAGCUCAUCCACCAGGAGGAUGCCACUCGCAUCAACAUUGCCGCUCUGUCCCAGCCCCUCUGCACCGCGGUCCAGAUUGCUCUCAUUGACCUCCUUUCCAGCCUCGGAGUCUCAUUCCACACUGUCGUCGGUCAUUCCUCUGGCGAGAUCGCAGCGGCGUAUGCGGCGGGUGUGCUUAGUGCCCGCGAUGCCAUGCUCAUCUCUUACUACAGGGGUAUGUCUGCUCACCUCGCUGGCGGCAAGAACGGCGGGAAAGGCAUGAUGAUGGCCGUCGGUAUGACUCGUGCCGAAGCAUCUGCUCUCUGUGCACGGGAUGACAUCAAGGGGCGCAUCUGGGUCGCUGCCAGUAAUGCGCCCUCUAGCGUCACCCUUUCGGGAGACAUGGACGCCGUGAAGGCGCUCCAGGUCGAGUUGACCGAGGAGAAGAAGUUUGCCCGUCUGUUGGUCGUCGAUACAGCUUAUCACUCAGCUCACAUGGAGAAGCCGGCUGCGCAGUACAUGAAGGACUUGGCUGGCUGCGGUAUUGAGCCUAGACAACGGAACUCCACGGUUUGGAUCUCCAGUGUCUACGCUGACGGUACCGAGCCGAGCAUCGAGGAACUCAAGGGGACCUACUGGAGGGAUAACAUGGUUAAGGCAGUCUCCUUCUACGAGGCUAUCGAUCUUGCCCUCACCUCUCAGGGUGCCUUUGCCAGUGCGGUUGAGGUUGGUCCCCAUCCUGCUUUGAAGGGACCAGUCCAACAGACCGUCAAAGCCGCCACCGGUGGCGCGCUGUCAUAUGCUGGUCUCCUUGACCGCAAAAAGGACGACAGACAUGCUUUUGCCGAAUUCCUAGGAUUUACCUGGAACUACUUUGGAACCGACGCCAUCAAUUGGACGCCUCUCGUCUCGAAUUCGACGCAGCCCAACCUCUUGUCGUCGAGGAUCGAACUGCCAUCCUACCCCUGGGACCACAGCCAGAUGUACUACCGCGAGUCGCGCAUUGCUCACCAAUACCAGUUCCGCGAGCAGGGCCCACACGAGCUCCUUGGUGUUCGUACUCGUGAUGACACCGAGUUCGAGCUGAGAUGGCGCAACAUCCUCAAGCUCGAGACUGUGCCCUGGAUCCAGCACCACAAGUUUCAGGGCCAGGCGCUGCUUCCCGCGUCGGCUUACUGUGUCCUUGCUCUGGAUGCAGCAAAGGCCGUCCUGAACGGACGCCAGGCGUCUGUUGUUGAGCUAACGGACCUCGAGUUCAUGAGUGGUAUCUCCCUCGAGUCAAACACCUACGCCGACACCGAAGCCUUCUACCAGAUGAUGUUGGGGAUUGGUCUGGACUACACUGGGCCCUUCCGCGCGCUGGAGAGCAUUGACCGCAGAUACAACUUCUGCUCCGCAACUCUUAAGAAGUUCCACGACACCGACACUACCGGCCUUGGCGUCAGCCCCGCCACUUUGGAUAGCUGCUUCCACUCCGUUUUCGCUGCUGUCGCCUCGCCGGGUGACAAGUCCCUCUGGACAUCAUUCUUGCCUAGGAGCAUUGAGAAGAUCCGUUUCAACCUCGCCAUCUGCGACGGUAAGCCCAGCGACAACGCGUCUCUGGUCGUCGACUCUGUCAUCACUCAGGAGAUUCCGCGCACCAAGACCGCCACCACCAAGUUUGUCGGUGAUAUGAGCAUCUACAACCCCAGUGGAGAGAUGGAAAUCCAAGUUGAGGGUCUCAUGGUGGCCUCCUUCGCCAACUCCAAGCCAGAGGAUGACAAGGAGCUUUACCUGACCACAGUCAUGGACCUUGACCCGGAGCACGAGAUAGUCACUGCGGACCUUAGCCUGGAAGACGUUGCUACCGAGCGUAUUCUCCUUGAGGCUUGCGAGAGAGUCGCGCGGUUCUUCAUCCACGAUGAUUCUCUCAAAGACCUUUCGUCGUCUCCCACCUUCUUCACUCCUCCUACGACGCCUCAUUCUCCAGUCAAGCCUGCACCUGCUCACACUGAAACGAGUCCCAGCCCCUGGCACCAAGACACGCCGGAGUCUCUGGAUACUUACAUUCUCCAAUCGCCUUUCCAGCACGCCUUGAGUUUCAUUCGGUUGCUUGGCGAGAACAUUCCCGACGUCCUCCCGGCUAUGCUGUCCACCAUCAUCCAGGAGGCUAAGCAGCUACACCGCUUCAGAUCCCACGUCAGUCGCGUGGUUUCCCAGCUCGCCCACCGAUACCCCCGCAUGCGUGUACUUGGCCUCACAGACCCUGAGACUGCGCUCACUGAGCAUGUCAUUGACGGCUUCAAGGGCUCCUUUGUAUCGUACACGGUCGGUACCGAGACCGAGAAGCACUUACUCACCAGGGUUUCGUCCGAGGCGAUCAAGAAGAAGAUUGACACUGAGCACACCAAUAUCCUUGACGAUGAAGACAACACAUCUCUUCAGCCCUUCGACUUGGUUGUCUUGACGACCUCCGUGGUCAAGGGCGCCGAGCAGCGCGACAAGCUGAAGCAAGUACAGAGCCUGAUGAAGCCUGGCGGUUUCCUCAUUCUCAUCCACGAGUCAAUGAGCCCUCUCCGCGACAGACUCCGCCGCGCAUUCGGUGUCAGGAGGCAGCUUGAAGAGCCGCUCACUCCUCCUGAGUGGCCCGAUAUCCUGGAUGAGUGCGGCUUUGCCCGUGUUUCCAAGAACGCCGAACAGUUCUUUGCUCCCGAUUUCUCUCUCAUUGUUAGACAGGUUGAGUCGGACAUCAAGCUGGCAGCCCUGAGCCCGCUAUCCGGUUCCGUACCCAAGGUCGCUGGACACACCGUCAUCAUUGGCGCAGCGGAGAACACGGCCGACUUGUCUGCAGAGGUGCACCAAAAGCUGGCACCCCUGUGCAACAGCAUCGAUGUCAUUGCCGACCUGGACUCUCUCCAGCCUGCUGUGUUUAACGAGAUCAGCUCCGUCAUCUUCCUGGCUGACCUGGAUGAGCCGAUGAUGAGCAACAUGACUCCCGAGCGCCUUGACCUUUUCCGGGCCCUGAUGGCACCGGAGAAGGUGGUUCUCUGGGUCACCAUGAACUCUCGCGCCGGGAACCCGGAGCAUGCGGCCACCUUCGGAUUCACUCGCUCCAUGCUCGCCGAGAUUCCUAGCUUGAAGCUGCAGAUGCUUGAUCUUGACUCGCGUCGGGAUUCGAGUGAUUUCGUUGCUGAGACCUUUCUGCGUCUUAGCAUGAAGUCUCUUCGCGCCGCUGCUCAGGACGGUGAGCUUCUCUGGACUCACGAGAAUGAGAUUUACAUGGAGCACGGCCGCAGACUCAUCCCCCGUGUCCUCCCUUGGAAGGAAGGUAACGACCGCGUCAACUGCCCGCGCCGUCUUGUGGCCGAGGACGUAAACACUCUUCAGCAGUGCGUCGAGGUCGUCUCUUCCCAGUCCGGGGACGGAUCGGCUGUCUACACCGCCAACAUUGUCGAAGAGACUGACAUUGACGAGGGCAUUGCAAUUCCCGACCAGAGUGUCAUCCAAGUCCAGUACAGCUCGGUCGAGGUCAUCAACUUCGGUCUCAAGUACGCGUCCCAUGUCUGUAUUGGCAAAGAAGUCACAUCCGGCGAGUUAUGCCUUGCUAUGACCAAGUCCAAUUCAUCCUAUGUCACGGUUCCCAACUCCUGCGUCUACCAACUCAGCAGCAACAAUGUCGAUCCCAAGCUCCUCCUUGGACUUGUUCUGAGAUAUAUCGUUGCCUUGUCCGUUGCCGAGGACAUGAUGGAGCAGACCGUUCUGCUCCUCGAACCUGACACCGCUCUCCUGGAGUGCAUGAAGGAGGUCCUUGAGGCAAAGGGUGCCAAUGUCAUUGCAUGCACUACCACUCCGAACAAGGGCAAGGGUUUCGGCCAGCGCUACAUCCACCCGUACGCGAGCAAUCGCGAGCUCAAGGCUCUCUUCCCUUCCACUGGCGCGGCUAUCAUUGAUUUUCUCCCCGAGGGCAGCGAGCUUUCAGAGACUAUUCUGGACUGCCUUCCCGAGAACUGCGAGUACCACUCCCGCUUUUCCCUCCUCACCUCCGAGCAUGUCGUCGCUCUUGGAGACUCCAUGGAUAUCGAGGAUCUCUGGGAGACUGCCAUCGGUAGGGCGAUUGUCAACGUAAGGAGCAUGAAGGGCCAGAUUGGCAUGCCCAACCUCGAGACCAUUUCCGUUCCCGAGCUACUUGACCAUACCGGCAGCAGUAAGCCUUUCCAGAUCCUCGACUGGCGCGCCGAGCGCAGCGUGCAGCACAUUGCGAAGCCCCUCUUCGGGACUCAGCUCCUCCGUCCGUACAAGACGUACGUUCUCGUCGGCCUGACGCGUGACAUGGGCCAAAGUCUGUGCAACCUCUUCUUCGAACACGGAGCGCGCCACCUCGUGCUUGCUAGUCGCAACCCCAACAUGGAGCCGCAGUGGAUCGAUGACCUCGCAGCCAAGGGCUGUGAGGUGCGCAUGGAGAGGCUUGACGUCACGAGCAUUGAGAGCGUGCGGUCUUUCAAGCAGCGCCUCGCGCAGGAGAUGCCACCUGUCGCUGGUGUCAUCAACGGUGCCAUGGUUCUCGACGACCGCGUCUUUGCGCAGAUGGAUGUCGAGACGUGGGACAGGGUCAUGCGCCCCAAGAGCGUCGGAUCUAGCAACCUGGAUGAGAUCUUCUGCGAGCCUGACAUGGAGUUUUUCAUCAUGACGUCGUCCUUUGCGGCGCCCGGUGGUCAUGGCGGGCAGUCCAACUAUGCCGCCGCAAACAUGUACAUGAACGGACUCGCCGCCAACCGUCGCCUCCGUGGUCUCGCUGGGUCGGUUCUCAACAUUGGUGUCAUUUACGGCCUGGGCCUGCUUCACCGUGAGCGCACCGAUAUCUACGCCUUCCUCGAGAAGGACGGAUACCCGCCCAUCUCGGAGCGCGACAUCCACCACAUGUUCCUCGAGGCCAUUGUCGCGGGCCGCCCGCUUGACGGGCAGAUAUACGACAUCACUACAGGUCUGAGCCGAUACAGCGCCAACCGUGAGGAGCUUCUUCACUGGCAGAAGGACCCGCGCUUUUCGCACUUUACCUACGACGAUAGCGAGGAGGCUGGCGAGGGUGAGGGCGAGGGCAAGCAGAGCCUCAAGGAGAGAAUCAAGGGUGUUGAGGGCGGUGUCGACGAAGUCGCGCGAGUCUUGACCGAGGGCUUUGCGCGGUACCUUGAGGUUGUGCUCGGGCAGGGCGAGGGCAGCGUCAAGGGCGAGCACAGCGUCGGCGAGCUGGGCAUGGACUCGCUGGUGGCUGUGGAAGUGCGGAGCUGGUUCUGGAAGGUUGUUGAGAGGGAUGUUUCUGUGAUGAAAAUUCUCGGCAGCGCGAGCGUUGCAAAGUUGUGUCACGAGGUUUCUGAGGGUUACAUCAACGAGAAGAACAAGGCAUAA